AUGGUUGGCCGCAAGAAGGCCUGCUGGAACAUCAGAGAUAUUGCCAUGUGGGCCAAUCCCAAGGACGUCUUUGCCACCCUGAAGCCUCCGGCCAUGCGCUUCACCAAGGAGGGCUGGGACACGGGUAUACCCUCCCUCUGCGGCAUGCGGGACCUGAUGAAGGACCUGCUCUCAGGGGCAAGCACAAGCCAAGGCAGGCAUCAUGCAACAAACCACUGGCGUGUGGGCAACAUCCUGCAGCACUACAACAGUGGCGUGCACUCUAAAUGCCUCUACGCCAAGAAGGAGCAGGGGCGCAGCAGGCUGCCUGUGCUCCGCUCCAUGCUGCACCAGCACGGCACACUUCUUGCGUGUCUCUGUCUUACAGACAGUGUUCUCCUGCCCGGCUUCUUUGAGGCACUGCUGCACAUGCUGCUGUACGCCUACAAGGGCACCAAGCACUGCAGCAGCCUGCCAGUGUCCCUCAUUGCUGGCCUCUUGGCCUCUAAUGCCAUCACACCCAUUGAGGGCGGCAGCUUCAGUGCUGAGGCCUACGCCGCUGGAGGCUGGGUGGGCGGGCGCCCCAACAGUGCGGCCAACAUUGCCUGCUGGCACGCUGGCCCUGGGCAGGCAGGCAGUGUUGGCUGUGUUGGCACGCUGACCGUCAAUGGGCCAGCCCCUAAGACAUUGUUGUUCAAGAACUACCGGCUCAGCUACAGCGGCAUGCAGCUGACCAGUAUCAAGCUGACCAACGUCAAGACAGCUGGCGUGCCUGUGCUGCCCUCCUAG